AUGGCUCCGUGCAGAAUGCUGAACCAGAUACCUCGGGAACUAACAGACUGGAAAAAUAAUAUGACACAUGAGGUGAAAAGACUGUUCAAAUAUGUGGGACAUUUACCGAGUCUUCUAAGCAUAACUCCAAAUGUUGCAAUCAUUCAAGCUCUACUUGAGUACUGGGAUCCAGAAGGUUCUAUUUUUCGAUUCGGUGAAUGUGAACUAACACCAACUUUAGAAGAAAUAGAAGGAUUAUUGCAGAUACCUGGGAAAGGUUAUCCUAUGAUAUAUCCAACUAAUGGAACAAGGGAACAGUUUUAUAGGUUUUUGGGAUUAAGGCAGGUUAGUAUGAACCAACAUCCGGAUGCGAGAUCGUGUCCGUUAGAGUUUCUGUAUGAACGAUUUGGAGAAAGAGGGUCCUAUGAACAGUACCGAACCGAUUUUUUUAUAAGUAAGGAGCAAUGGGUAGAGAAGCGAGUGCAAGCGUUUGGAUUAGCUUUGAUCAAUCUGUUGUUGUUCCCGCAAAAGCAUGGAAAGAUCACAUUUUUCACUAUCAACAUGGUUCAGAGCCUAUUUUCAGGGAUUAAUGGAAUGACCCCUACCUUGGUGCCUGUAAUCAUUGCCGACAUCUUCAUGGCCGCUACUGAAUGUCAAAAGAAAAGAGGUUUCUUUUAUGGGUCAAAUUUGAUACUCCAAAUGUGGGCAAUGGAGCAUCUAGCGAAGAGAACGCUCAAUCCUUUGGGAUCUUGUCUCCCCGCAGAGAAUUGGAUCGAAUCACACCGAGAAAGGGUCAAAAAGUAUUAUCGAAUUGCAUCUCCGACUCAGUUUAUUCAAGAGUUCGAUAACUUGACACCUGAGAAAAUACAAUGGGUUUUGGAUUGGACAAAAGUUAGGGAUCCGGUUUUCACGACUACCCAACACAGUUUUAUCCCCCUAGCAGGCACCAAUGGAUUGGUCGCAUAUAUUCCGCAACGAGUCAUGAGGCAAUUUGGGUAUCCGCAAAGAAUUCCGAUGAUACAAGGGCUUGAAAAUAUCAGACUCAACACAGUUGCUGAAAGUCGGAGCAUGGUAUUGGAAGCUUGGGGAAAUCUUCUUAGUUUAGAGAGCUUGCACUUGGAUCAAGUGAACAAAUUGGAACCUAAGGUCAUUUCAGAGUAUAAUGAGUGGAUCAAACUGACAAUUGAACAAGCUCGAAAGAAGUCACAGUCCGCUCCUGUCAGCCCUGAAGAGCAGAUAGACAAGCUGAAGAAAGAACUCGAGGAUUAUCAAUUGCAACUCAUAGUGGCCGACCAUGCCCUGGAAGACGCUCGAGCGCAAUUAAAGUGGGAGACAAGAAAAACUGAAAAGUUGGAGAGAGCCCUGGAUGCAUUUGACAAAAUUCGAGAAGGAAUUCGGAAGCUUAGUAUAGGAAGGUCUAAGGAGUCUCAACGUACUAGUUUAGCAAGGCAUGAGGAUUUUGUAAAAAUGGUCAAUCGAACCAUCAAUGAAGCUAUAUUUUUCACAAUUGCUACCCAAAGAAGCCCCAUCAUCACCAGGUCUCGAAGUAGAGCCUUGAGACAGCCUGUAAACAUGAGUUCAAUGCCUGAGGCUUCGGAAAGAUCUGCUAUGGUUACAUCACCGGACUUCACAGCAUUGGGAGCUCAGUUAAGUGAGGUACUUGACAAGUUCAAUGACUUAAGUGUUGAAAUGGCCGCACAGAGGCGUGUCAUUGAUCAGUUGGUAACAAGCAAUAGCGGUGGUGGUGUCCCAAAUGACCGAGAACCUGUCGAUACCCACCCACAUGCACAAGACAAUCAACCACCUCACACAUCCAAUGCCCAGACAACUUUCCUUCCUUCCUUCGCUAAUCCCCUUGAAAAUACCUUUACCCAACUAAAUUCAGACCUUUCCUAUACGCAUCCGAAUUAUAUACUGAUUAACCCAACCAGUAACCAAAUCCCUCAAACCCAUCCACAAACUAAUCUGAACGUUCCCCCCAACCCUCAGGAACCUCACCAUCACGUUGCAGCACCUUUUGUGUUGGACACUGCAGCUCAAGGGAAGGCGGCGGUAGAAGAACAACCUGUGCCUAUUGACAAAGAUCUGUUGAGAAGAUUGGAUCGAUUCGAUGAUUUUAUGAAAAAGAAUCAAGGAUUGAGCAGGCAUAGUGGGUUGGAUUACGAUGAAUUGUGUCUUUUCCCAGAUAUUCAGCUACCAUUGGGAUUCAAAACUCCCAAAUUCAGCAAAUAUGAUGGAACUGGAAAUCCCAAGACGCAUCUUAAGAUGUUUGCCAACAAGUUAGGUAAGCCAGUGGAUGAUGAAAAUUUGCCUAUGCGUCUAUUUCCGGAAAGUUUAGAGGGGGACGCUCUAGAUUGGUAUUCAAAUUUGAAAUCUGGAGAGGUAAAAACUUGGUUAGAUCUGUCAACAGCUUUUGUGAAGCAGUAUGAGUUUAAUUGUGAAUUGGCACCAACACGAACAACACUGGAGGGUACAAAAAGAAAGCCAUCGGAAGAUCACAAGACCUAUGCAAAGCGGUGGAGAAAGUUAGCUGCCAAAGUGGAGCCACCCAUGACUGAUGAGGAGAUUGUUCGUACUUUCAUCAAGGCUCAUGAUCCACCCUACUUCGAAGAGAUUUUUCGCAUGACUGGAAGUUCAUUUGCCGCUAUUAUUAACAAGUUGGAGGAAUACGACGAGUUUGUCAAGGCAGGGAAGAUUGUUAAUGUAUCGACAUUGAAGUUGCAAUUGGAUGCUCUACAGAAUCAAAGCAACAUUGGGAAAAAGUCCCAAUUCAAGAAGAAAGAAGGAGAAACUGCUUUUAUAUGGGAUCAAGGCCCGUCUUUUAGACCCAAAAACCAUCCCAUCUAUUCUGUUCCUUACCAGUAUUACACCAACGCUCAACCAGUCUACCACGCUACUACCCAACUCCAUCAUUCCCGACCAAGUCAUUUGAAUACCUCACCAUUACCUCCGACUCCACAACCUAUCUUUCAAAAUCACUCCCGUCCCAAUUAUUAUCCCAGACCAACCCUACAAAAUAAUAACCCUUCUCAAAAUCCUUUUCAAACCAGGGAAGUGCAAAAUCAAAGGCAAUUUCGAACCUUCACCAAUUUGGGCCGACCCAUUGAUCAAUUGUAUGAGCAGUUAAGAGCAGCGGGAAAAAUUAGCACUGUUCCUCCCAAACUCUAUCCCAGAGGUCCUCCUGACAGUUAUGAUCCACAAGCAAUCUGUGCCUACCAUUCUGGAAGUCCAGGCCAUACCACUGGCAAUUGUUGGGCUCUAAAACAUAAGAUCCAGGAUAUGAUUGAUUCUGGAGACAUCGUUCUUAGAAGAAAGGGAGAGCAGGGACCGAAUGUUAGUAAGAAUCCUUUACCUGAGCAUGGGAACACUGUGGGAGUUAUCAUCGCUGAUGAAGAUUGUGUAGAUCCCACUCAGUACAUUGUAGAUGAAACUGAAGUGUUUGGCGUGAUGGAGGCUGAUCAUGCGAGAAUGAGAAAACUGUCGCCUGUUGAAAAGUCCAUGACUAAGGAUAAUGUCGAGGGAAAUUUGAAAUCUUUUGUGUUUGAAAAAGAGGAGCCAUUCAUAGCAGAAGGGGGAGUUUCCGAGGUUAACAAAGUUCCUUUUAUUCUGGAUCUGCCAUCUUUUGAAUGGGAUGUAUCAGAGCCUGUUAUUCUCGAAUUUCCAGAACAAAUGCCUGUCAAUAACUUGCAAGAGAUACCAUGGAACUACGAGGAACCUAGUCUGUUGAUUGGAGAUAAAAAAUGCUUGAAGGAGGAGGUACCUACUAUUGCCAGGUUUGAAAAAGUUGCGAAAAAUACCGAAAUCGGCGUUCAAUUCAAAGCCAAGGAUAAUUCUUCAACCCCUAAGCCUCUUGUGUCUGAAAAGGAAGCUGUGGAUUUUUUAAAGAUGCUGAAGAGAAGUGAGUACAAAACAGUGGAGCAAUUGGAUAGGAUGUCUACUCAAAUUUCUUUUCUGAAUCUUCUCUUGACCUCCGAGCUACAUAGAGAAGCAUUGCUCAAAAUUCUGAAUGAAGCUCAAGUCCCUAAGGAUAUUCCGGUGGAUAAAUUUUCUAACAUCGUGGGGAAUGUACUUGCUGCUAAUCAUAUUGCCUUCUCUGAUGACGAUCUGACUGUAGAGGGGAUCGGGCAUAACAGAGCCUUGUAUAUAUCAGUCCGUUGCAAUGGAAAGCUGUUGCCGAGGGUUUUAGUGGAUAAUGGGUCAGCGUUGAAUAUCUGUCCAUGGAACACUCUCACCAAGCUUGGAUUUCUUGAUAUUAAACUCCGUCCAUCUGCAACUGUGGUUCGAGGAUUUGAUAGUUCAAAAAGGGAAUCUAUGGGUGAAGUAGAUCUGGUAUUGGAGAUAGGCCCUGCUCAAUUCCAAGUUACUUGCCAAGUCAUGGACUUCUCCGGCGUUUACAAUAUUUUGCUUGGAAGACCUUGGAUACAUGCUUCCAAUUCAGUGCCAUCUUCGUUGCAUCAAAUAUUGAGAUUUAUUGCGAAUGAUCAACUCAUUACUGUGUUUGCUGAGGAUGACUGUACCAUGAUCGUUGAUGCAAAAUUCAAUGGUGAAAACAGACAAAGGAAUCCAAUUUCAGCUCAUCAUGUUGCUGACAUCGUCUCUGUGGGAUGGGCAUCCAGGGAUAAGUCUCUAACUCAUUCAGAUUUGCCAGAGGCCAGUAUUAUGAUGGCGAGGGAGAUGAUCCGAGGCGGAUACGAAAUAGGAAAAGGUCUUGGGAGAGAAUUACAAGGAAUUUUGGAGCCAAUAGAGAUCCCGACGCAGAAGGAUACAUUUGGAUUGGGAUUUCAUCCGACUGCUAAGGAUAGAAAGGAAAUGCAAGCUCGAAAACAAGCUGAAAAGAAGGGCAAGCAAACUGCCUUAAAUAUCCCGCCGCUAUAUCACACUUUUCCUCGUCCAUCAGAAGUGAUCAUGCCAGAAACAAAAAAUUUUGUGGAAGAAAUUGAAGUGGACCUAUCUCAAUUAUUUGUCGGGGCAAUUGAUGAAGAGGAGCCAUCAGAGAAUUUAGAAUUUUUGCCAAUUAUCGAGGGAGCCAUUCAAAAUUGGACUGCUGAUUAUUUUCCCUCUCGAAGGGAAUUUCGAUGGCCACAAAUAAAACCCUUCGACCCUUUGGAUGUCACCAUUUUGGAAUUCGAUGGCUGCAAUCUCGAUAUCUUUCAUGAGCUUGAAAUCAUGCAAUCUGAAAUUCAAAACGAGAGCGACAAUGAGGAAGAAUUUGAGUCUGUUUCCAGAGAUUUAAUACAGUAUGAAGAGAAAUCCAAACCCAACUUAGAAGAAACAGAAAUCAUCAAUAUUGGCACUAAGACCGAGGUUAAAGAGGUUAAAGUCAGCAUUCAUUUGAAUAAGAAACAGAAGGAGGAAAUGAUUGAAUUCUUAAUGCUAUUUCAAGAUGUGUUCGCAUGGUCCUACGAUGAUAUGCCAGGGAUCUCUACAGAUAUAGUGGUUCACAGGUUGCCAAUUGAUCCAAAUUUUUUACCUGUAAAGCAGAAGCCGCGUAAAUUCAAACCAGAAAUGAGUCUCAAGAUAAAGGAACAAGUUGUGAAGCAACUCAAUGCUAAGAUAAUCAUGGUGUCUCAUUAUCCCACCUGGCUAUCGAACCCUGUGCCAGUGCCUAAGAAAUCUGGUGAAGUGCGAGUAUGUGUUGAUUACAGAGAUUUGAAUAAGGCCAGUCCGAAAGACGAUUUUCCUUUGCCAAACAUUCAUAUUCUUUUGGACAAUACUGCUGGACACGAAAUUGAAUCUUUUGGUGAUUGUUUUGCUGGGUAUCAUCAAAUUUUAAUGGCAGAAGAAGACAGAGAGAAAACCUCUUUUAUCACCCCAUGGGGAACCUUUUGUUAUCGAGUGAUGCCUUUCGGGCUGAAAAAUGCUGGAGCCACUUAUCAGAGAACCAUGACUACUUUGUUCCAUGACAUGAUUCACAAGGAGAUGGAGGUUUAUGUGGAUGAUAUCAUAAUUAAAUCCAAGAAGGUUGAUGACCAUUUGGUUGAUUUAAAGAAGCUGUUUGAAAGAUUGAGGAAGUAUAAUUUGAAGUUGAACCCUGCAAAAUGUGCUUUUGGAGCUCCGGCUGGUAAGUUAUUGGGUUUUAUUGUCAGCAAAAAGGGCAUAGAGAUAGAUCCUGCGAAAAUAAAAGCAAUUCGAGAUAUGCCCAUUCCAAAAUGUCAAAAAGAUGUGAAAAGUUUUCUUGGAAAGAUCAAUUUCAUUGGCCGAUUCAUUGGACAGUUAACCUCUACCUGUGAGCCUUUGUUCAAAUUGUUGAAAAAGAAUGCGUCAAUGGAUUGGAAUGAAGAUUGUCAACAGGCUUUUGAUAAGAUCAAGAAUUAUUUGUUAAAUCCUCCGGUCUUAGUGCCACCUCAGCCAGGGAGACCUCUGAUUAUGUAUUUGUCUGUUCUUGAUGAGGCUGUCGGAUGCGUUCUGGGACAGCAUGACGAGUCUGGGAGAAAGGAACAAGCCAUCUACUAUCUGAGCAAGAAAUUUACAGCAUAUGAGGCCAACUAUUCUUUCCUUGAGAGAAGUUGUUGUGCUUUAGCAUGGGCAGCUCAGAAGUUGAGACAUUAUUUGCUCGGUUAUACCACUUACUUGAUUUCCCGUUCCGAUCCUCUGAAAUACCUGUUGGAAAAGUCGAUGCCCACGGGACGUAUGGCUAAGUGGCAAAUGAUCCUUUCCGAAUUCGAUAUUGUCUUCACAACACAAAAGGCAGUCAAGGGUCAAGUUAUAGCAGAUCAUUUGGCAGAAAAUCCAAGAGAUGAUGAUUAUCAGCCAUUGCAUACCUACUUUCCUGAUGAAGAAAUCCUGUUCGUUGGAGCGGUUGAGGACAUGAGUGAGCAGUAUCCUGGAUGGAGGUUAUUUUUUGACGGUGCGUCAAACUCUUUUGGAGCUGGAAUUGGAGCAGUUUUAGUAUCGCCUGAAGGGAAACAUUAUCCUGCUACUGCCAAAUUACGAUUUCCUUGUACCAACAACAUGGCUGAGUAUGAAGCUUGUAUUUUUGGAUUGAAAAUGGCAUUGGACAUGGAGAUCAAGGAUCUGAUAGCAUUCAGUGAUUCAGAUUUACUUGUGCACCAGACGCUUAAACAGUGGGUAACUCGGGAUUCAAAAAUUAUGUUGUAUCAUUGUAACUUGCUUAGUUUGGCCAGCAAAUUCAGGAAUUUGGAACUCAGACAUAUUCCCCGCACUCGUAAUGCCUUUGCUGAUGCUUUAGCUACUCUGUCUUCGAUGAUCCAACAUCCAGAUGAGCUGGUGAUUGAACCUAUACAGAUUCAACUUCAGAAUAGGCCAGCGCAUUGUCUGGUUACAGAAAGGGUCACUGAUGGUCGCUCCUGGUACAAGGAUAUUAAGGAAUUCAUGAAAACAGGAUCCUACCCUCCUGAUACUGAUUCUGUUGCAAAAAUUUUCUUACGCAGAAUGUCAUCAAGAUUCUUCUUGAAUGGAGAAGUGCUAUACAAGAAAACAUCUGAUUUGGGCCUUCUGAGAUGCAUCAAUGAAGAGGAAGCCGAUUAUAUGAUGAAAGAGGUGCAUAGUGGGGUUUGUGGGCCACACAUGAAUGGGCAUCUACUGGCUAAGAAGAUCAUGAGAACAGGAUAUUUUUGGCUUACCAUGGAGCAUGACUGUGUAGAUUUUGUUAGAAAAUGUGUUAAGUGUCAAAUGCAUGGUGAUAUUAUACGUGCUCCUCCUACAGAAUUGCAUAGUAUGACUGCUCCAUGGCCAUGUUCGAUCUGGGGAAUGGAUGUGAUCGGAACUAUUGAUCCUUCUGCUUCAAAUGGGCAUCGAUUCAUUUUAGUGGCGAUUGAAUAUUUCACCAAGUGGGUUGAGGCCGCAUCCUAUAAGCAUGUGACUAAGAAAGUGGUGUCGGAUUUCUUGAGAAAUAAUAUCAUCUGUCGUUUUGGGGUACCAGAGACGUUGAUCACUGAUAAUGCCAAGAACCUCAAUAAUGAUAUGGUGGAUGGAUUAUGUGAACAGUUCAAGAUUAAACAUCGAAAUUCGGCCAUUUACAGGCCUCAGAUGAAUGGAGCCGUUGAAGCUGCAAAUAAAAAUUUGAAAAAGAUUAUUCGUAAGAUGACUGAAGCACACCGGGAUUGGCAUGAGAAGCUGCCUUAUGCACUAAUGGCGUACAGAACUACCAUCAGAACUUCUACUGGUGCAACUCCUUUCUCUCUUAUGUAUGGAAUGGAAGCAGUCCUGCCUGCAGAAGUUGAAAUUCCUUCCUUGCGCAUUCUGAUGGAAGCUCAGAUAGAAGAAGCUGAAUGGGUUAGAGAACGUCAGGAGCAGUUGUCUCUAAUUGAUGAAAAGAGAUUGAAUGCCGUCUGUCAUGGACAAUGUUAUCAGCCACGAAUGGCCCGUGCUUACAACAAAAAGGUUAAGCCCCGUUUGUUUGAAGUUGGAGAUAAGGUUUUGAAACGGAUUCUUCCAAUGCAAGAUGAGGCUAAAGGGAAGUUUGCUCCCAAUUGGCAAGGACCAUUCAUUGUUAAGAAAGUGCUAUCCGGAGGAGCGCUUAUCCUUAUGGAAAUGGACGGUCAAAUUUUUCCCCAACCAAUCAAUGCAGACAUGUGCAAAAAGUUUUUCAUUUGA